UCAGCAUCCUCCCUGGAGGCCAAGAGGAGCCCGAUGAUCUCAUCCUAGAAGAGGUUGACCCUCACUGGGAGGAGGACCAGGCUCAGGAUGGCAGCGCCAGCCCGCAGGGUGCAGCAGCGGUGGCGUCAGCUUACAUGGAGGAGAAUGAGGCCGAGGAAGAGAUGUCCAGGGAGUUUUCCUGGAUUCAAGAGGACAAAGAAGAUGAGGAGGAUGAAGAAGAUGAGGAGGAGGAGGAGGAGCCUGAUGUCCUGCUGGAUAGCUGUCUGGUGGCAGAGGCCGGCGAGGACCCGGGCGGAGUAGACAGGACGGUCACCCAGAGGGCCUCCUGCCAGGACCUACAGAGCGUUGCUCUCUCUCUCUCUCCCCAAGUGCCUGCCACAGAAGAGCACCCGGAAGUGCAGGUGGAAGACACUGAUGCUGACAGCCACCCCCUCAUCGAGGAGGACAAGCCACCCUCACCCGAGCGGCUGCCACCGUCUCCUGCCAAGUCCGACACCCUCACAGUCCCAGGAUCGGCCGCGGGGACCCCGCAGGUCGCCUUUUAUGCUUCUCAUGGGCUUUCCGCAGCACCGUGCCCCCUGCCCAAUUGGCAGAUGAGGAGACUGAGGCCAGAGAGGGGAAGCAGCUGGCCGAGGUCACUCAGCGACGACCAGGACCGGGCGUCCUCCUCCGCCAGCCAAAACAGCGCCGUCAUCAACGAGCGGCUGCAGGAGCUGGUGAAGCUCUUCAAGGAGCGGACGGAAAAGGUGAAGGAGAAGCUCAUUGACCCGGACGUCACCUCCGACGAGGAGAGCCCCAAGCCCUCUCCCGCCAAGCAAGCCCCGGAGCCGGCCGCGGGCACGACGCCCGCCGGGGAGGCGCAGGCGGAGGAGGAGCACUACUGCGACAUGCUCUGCUGCAAGUUCAAGCGCCGGCCCUGGCGGAAGUACCAGUUCCCCCGGAGCAUCGACCCGCUGACCAUGCGCUGGGCCUUCCCCUACCAGACGCCGGGCAACCUCUACUUCUGGCUGCUGAUGGAUUACCUGUGCGACCUCAUCUACAUCCUGGACAUCACCGUGUUCCAGAUGCGCCUGCAGUUUGUCAGGGGCGGGGACAUCAUUACAGAUAAAAAGGAGAUGCGCAAUAACUACCUGAAGUCUCCCCGCUUUAAGAUGGACCUGCUGUGCCUGCUGCCCUUGGACUUGCUCUACCUGAAGUUCGGCGUGAACCCCCUCCUGCGGCUGCCCCGCUGUCUGAAGUACAUGGCCUUCUUCGAGUUCAACAACCGCCUGGAAUCCAUCCUCAGCAAAGCCUAUGUUUACAGGGUUAUCAGGACCACCGCCUACCUGCUCUACAGCUUGCACUUGAACUCGUGCCUGUAUUACUGGGCAUCGGCCUAUCAGGGCAUUGGCUCCACCCACUGGGUGUACGAUGGCGUGGGAAACAGUUACAUCCGCUGUUACUACUGGGCUGUGAAGACCCUCAUCACCAUCGGGGGGCUGCCCGACCCCAAGACGCUGUUUGAAAUCGUCUUCCAGCUGCUGAACUAUUUCACGGGCGUCUUCGCUUUCUCCGUGAUGAUCGGACAGAUGAGAGACGUGGUGGGGGCCGCCACGGCCGGGCAGACCUACUACCGCAGCUGCAUGGACAGCACCGUGAAGUACAUGAACUUCUACAAGAUCCCCAGGUCCGUGCAGAACCGCGUCAAGACCUGGUACGAGUACACCUGGCACUCACAAGGCAUGCUGGGUAACCUGCUGGCGGUCGGAGGCGGGAAUCGGCGCACGGCCAACGUGGUGGCCCACGGCUUCACCAACCUCUUCAUUCUGGACAAGAAGGACCUGAAUGAAAUUCUGGUGCAUUAUCCCGAGUCUCAGAAGUUGCUCCGGAAGAAGGCCAGGCGCAUGCUGAAGAGUAACAGCAAGCCCAAGGAGAAGAGCGUGCUCAUCCUUCCUCCGCGGGCCGGCACCCCCAAGCUCUUCAAUGCCGCCCUGGCCGCAGCGGGAAAAAUGGGCGCCAGGGGGGCGAAAGGCGGCCAGCUGGCCCACCUCAGGGCUCGGCUCAAAGAGCUGGCUGCGCUGGAGGCGGCUGCCAAGCAGCAGCAGCUGCUGGAACAGGCCAAGAGCUCGGAAGACGCGGCAGGAGAGGUGGGCUCCGCCGCCCCCGACCAGCCUGCACCCCAGGAACCCCCGGCCCCAGGCUCUCAGCCACCCGCCUCGCCAGGGGGCGCCGAGAAGGAGGCAGCUGGUCCCCAGGAGGAGCACUCGGUGCAGAUCCGCGUGAGCCCCGGCCUGGACCCUGGCGAACAGAUCCUGUUGGUGGAGGUCCCGGAGGAGAAGAAAGAGGCGGAGUGA